CUUAAAAAAAAUAGCAGUCUGUGGUCGCUCAAGAGAAUUGAGAAAAAGGCGACAUAAAUCGUAAAGUUUUAUCGGAAAUCUGUAAUAUAACGACAGUACAACUAUAUAAGCUAUUAUAUCGAUAUUAAUUUUUAAAAUAUAUUAAAAUGGCAGACAAAAAAGUGACCCCACCCCUCGGAGCUUACCCCCAGCCUCAGCCGCCGCAGGGGCCCUUCCUGCCGGCGCCGCCGCACCAGGCCGCGCCGCAGUACGGAGUGGCGGGCGGGUCGCCGUACGGCGUGGCGUUCGGCGGCGCGGGCGCCGGCGCGGGCGGCGUGUACGCGCCGCCGCCGUACGACCAGCUGCAGCACCACCAGGCGCUGCCGGCGCUCGGCCAGCAGCUGCCGAUGUACAGCCCGGCCGCCGCGAUGUACGCCGCCGCCGCUGGCUACCCGGGCUACAUCGGCUACCCGGUGCAGUACUACCCCUACUACCCGGCCGCCGUGCAGCCCUCCAUCCAGCCGCUGCGCCCCACCAUCAUGAUUCCGAACGGUUUCGAGGCGGGCGGUCGGUUCGAGGGUCUGGCGCAGACGCUGCUGCCGCCCGCGCCGCCCGGCGUGCCCCCCUCACCCGCGCACCUCGCCGCGCUCCAGCCCCACCAAGUGCUAUGGCGCUAGGCGCGGCCGCUUGCGGUGCCCCCCCGAGAGGACGGACCCCCGGCCGGAUACGGAGAUUAACAUUACUUUUUGCUAAAAAGUAAUGUUAAUGUAAAGCUACUAAAUAUAAAAAUAUUACGGGAUUGUCGGCCGGGGUCGUUCCUGGCCCAUUAAUCUGUGAUCUGCUCUGACGCCUGUCGCUCGCCGUCCGCCGUCCGCCGCCGCCGCUGCCGCUUCGAAUCGAUAUAUAUUCCUGUAACGAGGCGGGGUUAUAUAUUCCUGUAACAACUUAAAUCAUACAUUUUUAAUGAUCGGCGGCGUACGCGGCGCGGCGGCGGGCGGCGGGCGGCGGCGCGCCGCGAACUAUCACGUAGUAUUAUAGCGGCGCGACCCGCCUAGUUAUGUACGAGGUACGCUCCGGUUGGGGUGUUGUAGGUAAUUUAUUGAGCCGUCGUCGAGUGAACUUCGCCGGUGGGGCCCCCCCCCGGGAGGCCGGCCCGCUUCUUUUAUUCGAUUAGAAGUAUUAAGUAGUAAUACGAUCGGAAAUAUUACGCCCGUCUGCUCGGAGGUAAAUAAUAAAAAGUAGAGACUUAAUUUCGUAAUCGUCUCGGCGCCGCGCCGCCGCCGGCCGAGGCGAGAUGUGGUCGAGUCUACUCUGAACGUGCGACGAAGGCAUUUAAAAUUGUUUCUUUCGAAGUAACAAAAAUAUUGUUUGUAUUAUAACAAAAAUAAUAAUGAUAUAACGAAAUAAUAAGAACGGUAAGAUGAGGACGCGCAGUGCGGUCGGCGCCGGCCGCGAGCGGCUCCCCCGCCACCGUCGUUGAAUUCACUCGGGUUUAGUUUGCGAUUGGAAUCUCAGUGUAUGUUUAAGUUUACGAUACUCGUAUAUUUGCGACGCCUGGUGCUCGCGUGAGCGGGUCCCCCCGCGCCCUCCCGCCGGAUAAUAUUUAGUCUAAUUGUUCGUUUAGUCUAAUUACCUUCGCUCCGAUGGAAGCGAGGGCGGCGGACAGCGGGUGGACUGCGGUCGGGCGCGGCGGCGCGGUCGGGCGCAGCGGCGCGGCCGGGACGCGCUCGCGUCGGUUAUUAUAAUGUUUUAUACCUCAUAUAUAUUAUCUUUUUGAUUUUGCAUUUUUUUGUUGAUCGAAUCAUGUUAGGACUGGGUAAUGAAAUAAAAUAAGCAAUAAGUACAUAGUGUCAUGGGACCGUUUCGGAACCGUCGGGUCCACGCGGCGUCGCCGACCCCGCGACCCCGGUGUACCCGACUAUCAAUCGCUACCGAUCGUGCUAGCCAAAUUUUUUACUUGACCGUUCGACCGUCGAGUUUCGGUGCGAUGGAUUUCGUCGUAACUCGAACGGUAGGAGUCGAUUCACGUCCGGCGACUCUGUCACUUCUCAUUAGAAAUUCCGCGGUGCGUCGGCCGCCGCGCCCCCUCCCCCCCUCCCCCGACGCUCGCGACGAUGAUUCCUCGCGUCGGUAUCGAAUGAUCAUUACGACGAUACAGCUUUCGGGUUGUAUGAGUGUACAAUUAUUGUUAAGUAUACAAUUUUCAAUCGAUGACGCCGCGAAAAGUUUCUUAAUAUGUACGUCUAUACUGUAACUCGUGUUUGGGCUCGAAAUGAAACGGUCCAGCGAGCGAAGUAGCGUCACGAGCGUUGGGGGCGGGGCGGCAGCGGGGCGGCCGCGGCCCGUGGGCAGUAGGGAGUGGAAGCGGGUUUGCUCAAAGUGUAAAUCUAUCGACUUGCAGUCAAGUGCAAUAUAUUAUAGUAUAAUUAUUAUUUUGUUUCCAAUAAAAGUAAUAAAUUA